AUGCGUCGAGCACCGGCGUUGUCGCGAGCGUCCCUUCGCAGCGCCAAAGAGUCACGCUUCCGACGGACUACUGAGCGACGACAUUUGACCCAGUUCAUAGGUAGUCUAUGGGGAGUGAUUGUCUGGUUUCUGCUCGUUGUACAAGUGCUGUGCUGGUAUGACGGCACGUUUCCACGUCUUCGUAUGGGAGACUGGGGCGCGCGCACGACGGCCUCCGGCAGCGAUGCUCCCUGGCUAGAUAACCAGAGCGGUGCGCUCUAUGCACGCUGUGUUCCGCGCACAACACUCUUGACGACGAACAGGUCGUCGCGGCCGAACGUGCUGCUCGUCGUGCCGUACCCGCCCAAGCAGGCACCACAGGUACUGGAGACGCUGCGGCAGUGGCUUCGCCAAGCGAGCGCUUGCGCGGAAACCGCUUAUGCGUCCGACCUGCUGCUGUUCUGUAGUCGAGCAGAGACUAAUUGCCUCCAGCGGGAACAAGUGCAACUAGUCUUGGACUCUGUCCGAAACGAGACGUUUCGUUCAGAGCAAGUUUUCUCGCGGGUGCUGCUUCGGUUCGCGAACCUCAGCGACUACGCCGACGCCUACUAUUUCAGUCGCUGGCGUAGGCGGCAUAUUUCUCGUGGGACAGCGAAUCUAUUCUAUGCGCUUUUUGACCUAUACCACGUACCCGGGAGCACGAGUCGCCACGAGGAGCACAGGAUCCACCCGAUGGGGCUCGCGCUUCAGUACGACUACUUUGUUUGGCUUGAACCCGACGUAUACGCGCUUCGUCCGUGCUUUCUACCUAUGCUUCAUCGAUCUGUGGCGAAGCGGCACCCUUUCUGGGUCAUGGGGAGUGCGCCCCUCUACCAGCGACAUCGUUGGUGCGUGACCUGGCCUCAUGAUCACCAUCUGAACGGCAAUGCUGUGUAUCGACUGGGUGAUCCGUGCUUCACCCAUACUGUGCUGCGAGGGAUGGCGACUCGCUUUCCUGAUGAGCCCUUCGAUAGUGCCAUGCAGCGCUGGCGUAUGGCGACGGCACACGAUAGCUGGUGGCGCGUCUAUGCGCAUCUGUUCGUGUACACGGACUGGAUACAGAACUAUGGAAGUCGAGCGUGGUGCCCUGAACUGGUCUCCAAGACGAGCCCUUUCACUGCAAUGGUGCACGGGGGUCAGCCCUAUCGUAACGAGAACCAAGACGCUUGCGUAGCCGCCGUUACGUCAAUACUCCGACGGAGUUAG